AUGUUAAGGACAUGGUCACUGACUUUGAUGAAAAACAUGACGAAUACUUAAUAGCCCUUCAGCAGAGAAACCGGCUACUGGGACGUUUGAAAAGAAAGGAUCCUAUACAAAUCAAACUGGAGCAGUUAGAGAAAGGAUUUUCUCUGUACCUGAAUGGAGCUAAUUCGGAACUGAGGAAUUACCGCAGAAAAAUCAACUCACAUGGCUACCUAAAAAAUGAGACAAAAACUACCAGGACAAAUGCAGCCCAGCUACAAAGGAGUGGGUUGCAAGAACACAACACGCAGACUGCACCAAGCAAAAUACAGCGCAGAGGCUGGCUUCAGAAAACUGUGGAGAUUAAAACAGAAAGCGGGGGUAAACUCUGCAUUAAACCUCCUCUUGAGUACUCUGAGGAUUUUGAGCCUUAUGAAAGCCUGAAUGUGGAGACAAAUGGUGAUGAUCCUCUCCGUUAUUCCCAGAAAUUGAGAAGAAGCUUGCAACUCAGUGUAGAAGAGAAAAAGAUGGAAGAAGACUCUCUUAGUGAUGAUUAUGACUCUGUUGAAGAGGAUGUGUUUUCAGAACCAUCUCCCACUGAGGAAACAAUUACAAGCUUUGGAGGCCUUCAGUUGCACAGCAGUAGAUCACUGCCGAAAGAAGCUUCUGAACAUCAGGAUGCUGGGAGAUGCUCUGGCCUUGAUUCUGGUGCUCUUACUGUGUUGGAGUUCAACCAGGAUCAAAGUAAAGUGAAGCCACUACGAGUUCUCUCGGCAAAAAGAAAAGAUAAUGCUGAAAUGUACAUUCCUGUCAGACCAAUUAUGGUAAAAAAUAAAAUCACUCGGCCACUCUCUGCUGAGUUCUUGCACCAGGAAAGACGUGAAAGAAUUGAUUCUAGACCAUUAAGUCGACCAGAAAGACCACUUUCAGCAGCUCGAAAGAAUGUGUGUGAGAAGGAUCCUGAUCUCUCGGUUUCAGCUGUGGUUAAAGCAAUGCAAAUUGAAAAUGAAGUUUUGCAGAGAGAUCUGCAAAGGCAGACAGUUUCCACAAGCCCUCAAAAGAAGAAAUUUUCUGUUUCAUCUAUUGUUUCUGCAAUGGCUGAACCUCCAGAAAAAAGUGAGACAAGGACUGCAGUCACAAAAACUGUUGAGAGAAUUUCUCCUUUUGGAAGCAGACAACAGGAGAACCUUCUGAAGGUCCUUCCCGAGCCUGUGAGCCAUUCUGCCUGUGACAAUGACAUAUGCCUGUCUGCUGACAAAUCUGAAGUAGAUUCUGUGUUGAGAGAGAAGAUAACGACCAGUAUGGAAGUACGUGACGCCAUUUAUGUGACUAUGGAACUACUUUCUAACUGGGGAAAUCCAGUAAACGUGGGCUUGAGCAAGGUGGAAUUCUUUGAUUUAUACAACGAAAAGAUAUUUGUGUCUCCUCAUGAUGUGGACGUUCGAAAUGCUGAUAACCCAUGGGAUUUGUGCUGCUUGGUCAAUAAGAACUUUAAUAUCACGAAGGAAAGCUCUCUUUGGAUGUGCCCUUUCCAUCCGCCCAUCCAACUUUACUUUGUUGUCCGCAAUCCCACCCGGUCACAUGACUUUGGUAUAUCCAAGAUCAAGAUUUGGAAUUACAACACAACAACUCCCAGUGACCUUGAUGUUGGAGCAAAGAAGGUGAAGUUAUAUGUUGAUGAGAACCUUGUAUUUGAUGAUGAAUUAAAGAGAGCCUCUGGAGAUCUCCUCGCUGACCACAGCACUACAAUUGACCUUACAGAUCACAAGCAGAAUAUCUCUGCAUUUUCUUCAGAUGAAAGGAAAGUAGUAAAUGCACCUGCAGUCACAGAGAAGAAAGCAGACCUACAUUUUAAAUGCUUACAGUCAAGCAAUACUUCACUAAACUGGAAAUCUCUGCCAGAAGAAAAUCUUCUUGAGCAGAAGAUGAACUCAGUCAGCUUUACAAAGAAAAAAUUGUCUGAGUUAGCAGGUGAUCUAAAAGUGUUACCAUCUCAGGUUUGUAUGAAGGAUGCCAAAGAGAAUGCAACAGCACAAGCGGCUAAGGAGCAUGAUCAAUCUGAUGAUGAACUUACUUUGAGUGAGCAAAUGGAAAAGGUAACAGGAAGAAAAUUCUCUGAUUCUACAGGUGCAAUUCCUUCUUGGUUACAGUCAUCUUCCCAAGUAACAGAGAAUAAUCAAGUUACUUCCAGUAAGCAGAAGCCUCCCUGGCUUGCUCCAGAACAUUGUUUAGGCAUGAGAUUUCAAACACAGUCAGAUGGAAUACUGAAAAACUUUUCAGAUCUGACCAAUGAGGAUGUCAAAUGUCAGAGAAACGAACUGGGAAGAUCCAGUAGUAGAAAUGCAAAUGGAGAUGAGAGAUCACAAAUGCUAACUGGAAGGGGUGGUGAUGUGGGCUUGGACAUUUCGGAGCAACUUUCUAACAAAAACUGCUGCGGCUUACAGUACCCAACAAGUGGAAGGAGAAGUCUCAGAUGUAUAAAAAAGGCAGGAUUAAACACGAUAAAUCUUGGAGAAGAUGAUUGUGCUCUCACAGAUGAAGACUUUUCUGUCAACAACAUAGCAACCUCUAGAGCAAAGUGGCACAAUGAACAAGAGCACACUCUGCAGGAGUCCUGGAACUCCUUGGUAAAGUUCAAUUAUUCCCAUCGCGGCCGAAUCUCUAACAUGGAUUUUCAAGGGGAUAUCUUUGAUGAGUUUCUCCAUCAACAGAAAAUCAACCGGCCUGGAGAGUAUCAGCAAAUGAGAAAAGAGGGACUACAAACACUACCAAAAAGGCAAGAAGAAAGUUCUGUGGAGGCACAUGAUGGAAAUGAUUUUAAAAUUCCUGUUUUACCUUAUGGGCAGCACUUAGUGAUAGACAUUCGAACAACAUGGGGAGACAGACAUUAUGUUGGUCUUAAUGGAAUUGAAGUUUUCAGUUCUAAAGGAGAGCCUGUUCAGAUUUCAAAAAUAACAGCUGAACCGCCUGAUAUAAAUAUUUUACCAGCUUAUGGCAACGAUCCCAGAAUAAUAACCAACCUAAUUGAUGGGGUAAAUCGGACGCAGGAUGAUAUGCAUCUCUGGCUAGCACCGUUUACACCUGGAAAACCUCACUUUAUCUUUAUUGACUUUGUGAAUUCCUGUCAAGUAGCUAUGAUUAGGAUUUGGAAUUAUAAUAAAUCUCGCAUUUUCUCUUUCAGAGGUGUGAAAGACAUUAUAAUGGUGUUAGAUGAACAAUGCAUCUUUAAAGGAGAAAUUGCAAAAGCUUCAGGAACCUUGUCUGGAGCUCCCGAGCACUUUGGGGAUACUAUAUUGUUCACUACUGAUGAUGAUAUUCUUGAAGCUAUAUACUGCUAUGAGGAGACAUAUGAUGGAGAAAUGGGAGAUGCCAGCUCCUUGAGAUACAAGGAAGAGCUAAAGAGGCCAACAACUGCUGAUAGGGAGGGAGAUGAAAGACCUUUUACACAAGCCGGUUGUUCUGAGGAAAUGGCAUCAGGCAUCAAAGACAGACCAGACCCUCUCUCUGAAUGUAUACCCAAGGAAUCAGGAAUAUUUACUGGAAAAUGUCUGCAACUGAAUUUUACCAUGACAUGGGGAGACUCUCAUUACCUUGGGCUGACAGGACUUGAAGUGAUAGGAAAGAAUGGUCACGCAUUAAAAAUAAGUACAGAACAGAUUUCUGCUUCACCCCAAGACUUAAAUGAUCUUCCAGAGUAUACAGGAGAUUCCAGAACACUAGAAAAGUUAAUAGAUGGGACUAAUAUCACAGUAGAGGAUGACCAUAUGUGGCUCAUUCCCUUCUCUUUUGGAGAAGAUCAUCUGCUCACAAUCCAUUUUGAUAAAAUGGAAAGUAUUGCAGGGCUUCGCUUUUGGAACUAUAAUAAAUCUCCGGAGGAUACGUAUAGAGGGGCAAAGGUAGCCCAUGUGUUACUGGAUGGUCACAGCAUCUCCCCACCAGAGGGCUUUCUUAUCCGCAAGGGACCAGGCAACUGCCAUUUUGAUUUUGCCCAAGAAAUUCUCUUUCUUGACUACCUGCAGCCACAGCUGAUUAACAAAGUAAAAAGGAGGACUGGUUCAAAGAGAAUGGAACAAGCUAGUAUGGACUAUGAAGCACCGUUAAUGCCAUGUGGUUUUAUUUUCCAGUUUCAGCUUCUGACAAGUUGGGGUGAUCCGUACUACAUUGGUUUGAAUGGACUUGAGCUGUUCAAUGAACAUGGAGACCAAAUCUUACUAACUGAAAACAAUAUUGCUGCUUUUCCAGAUAGCGUCAACGUUUUAGAAGAUGUAUCUGGAGACAUCCGAACUCCAGACAAACUAAUUGACAGAGUAAAUGACACGACUGAUGGCAGACAUAUGUGGCUUGCACCGGUUCUUCCUGGUUUGGUAAAUAGGGUAUAUGUAAUUUUUGAUGUGCCUACUACUGUGUCAAUGAUCAAGUUAUGGAAUUACGCCAAAACACCUCAGAGAGGUGUGAAAGAAUUCGGUCUUCUGGUGGAUGACUUGCUUGUCUACAAUGGGAUUCUGGAUAUGGUGAACCAUGUAGUAUCGGGCAUUCUACCAACCUGCGAUCCAGUGGUCCCGUAUCAUACCAUUCUCUUCACAGAUGAUGAGAAGAUUUGUCACCAGGAGAAGAGAACUGUUAUUAGCAAUCAUGUGGGAGAUCAGGAUGUACGAAUGAUGAACGAAAAUGAGAUUGUCACAAACAGCAAAAAGAAGCAGGUUGUGGCUGAUCCAGCUUUGCGUCCAAAAACCUGCAUAUGUGAAAAGGGACUGCAGAGGAGGAAAAGAUAA